AUGUCCCCUCUAUUUCAUGCUGAGCAGAUCGGGUCUCUUAUGCGCCCGGUCGACCUGCUGGCAGUCCGUUCGGCUGCCGGCACCUCUACGUACUCGGUCCUGACGGAGACCGAGCUCCAAAAGGCAACCGAGGAUGCCAUCACGAAUGUGGUUAAAAAGCAGCUCGAACUUGGAAUCCGGCUCAUCACAUCUGGCGAAUACGAACGCGACAAAUUCUAUUCGGGAUUCUUCGAGCACCUCGAGGGCAUGGAAGUCGUCAAGGACAUCCCACUCGACCAGGGAUACAGAACGAAUUUCCCUACGCUGAGGACUUUGAAAUCCCUGGGUAUCGGCACCAGAGACUCCGUAGUGGCUACUGGGAAAAUCAGGCAUACACAUAGUGCAUACCUAUCUGAAUGGGAGGCCCUGUGCCGCUUGCUGCCUGAGGACAAAUGGAAAGAAUGCAAACUAACUAUGCCACCAGUUACUCAUAUUCAUAUGCAGAUGGCUGUCGGAAGUGCGUAUAAGUCGUCUGCAUAUAAGUCGUCUGCGUAUGCUUCGGACAAGGAGUACUUCGAAGACCUCGCAGCUGCGUAUCGCGCCGAGUUUCAGACCCUUUACGAUGCCGGAUUGCGCUCAAUUCAAAUAGACGAUCCUUGCUUAACAUACUUUGUCACGAAUGAAUUCCGCUCUGGAUGUGUCGCCGAUGAUAUCGAUCCCGAUGAGCUUCUUGACAAAUAUAUUUGGGCACACAAUCAUUGCCUCGCGGAAAAGCCGGCUGACCUUCAUAUUGGACUCCAUCUUUGCCGCGUAAACAUGGCGGGAUCAACUCAUAUCAUAUCUGGGUCAUAUGAACGUAUCUCCAAGAAGAUGUUUACUGAAUUGGCUUAUGAUACAUACUAUCUAGAGUACGACACUGAUCGGGCUGGUGACUUCGAGCCUCUGCGUCAUUUGCCCAUCGGAAAAAAUGUUGUGCUGGGUGUCGUUUCUACCAAGACUACAGAGCUGGAAGGUCUAGAUGAGUUAAUGCAGCGGGUGAACUCUGCUGCCGAGGUUAUUUCUCGGGGACAGGGGCGUGAGGUAUCUGAGGUGAUUGCAGACUCACUCGGUGUCAGUCCCCAAUGUGGCUUUGCCAGUAUGAGCCUUGGAGGAGGCCCAAGGGAUGACCAUGGAGGUCAUGUGGGAAAAGCUAGUCCUGGUCAAGCGACUUGCUGA